AGCUGUUUGAUGCCCAAAAAGUCACUGAAUUUGUUCAUAUUCUCUCUGCCAUGUUUUCCUUCUCCAUCUUUGUGCUUUUGGCGGUGGUGCAAGCUGAGCGUCCCGACACGUCGUGCUUGUUGCAGCUGUCCGAGCCGAAGCCGCAGCUACUUGCAGUCGAGUCAGGACCAACGUUAUUUGCCGCUGAUUACCAGUGCACCUCCCGGAUCAACCCUGAAGUUUACACACAGAACGGCAACAGCGGCUCAUUCCCACCGGGAUUUCUCAACAAUUGCAAUGGAUUCUGCCAAAGUCACACCUUAUUCGACACUUUGUUCACUGGAAGCAAUAAUUGGGUCUGCUGGUGCUGUAUUGGCACUGCUAUCAAUUCUAAUACCAAUUGGGAUGUCUAUGAAGUGGCUACAAUCUCCAACGUGGUCGGGGAUCCGCAUAUCAAGACCCUGGAUGGCAUCCGCUACACAUUGCUGAGCCAGGGCACCUUCUCCCUCUGGCACUUUUCGGGGGUGGAAGCAGAGUGGAAAGGUGAGGUGAAGAAAGUCGGAGUCGACUGGGAAGUCUUUACGCACUACUCAGGCCACCAGGCCUUUACGAAAGGAUUACUUCUGGUCGACAACUCCGGCGGAUCACACCGUCAAGCCUUAGAAAUCACCGCCCGUGACUGCCAGUGGAAAGGACGGAAAGGAAGCGAGUGGAUUGCAGUCCAAAACGGAGAUUCGCUUUCAGUUCUCGAUGGUCAGGACUAUGUCAGCAGUUUCAUUGUGACAAGGAAGGAUGGGCCCAAGGGCCACAACCUGGUGCGUUUGAAUAUGCAGACGAAAGAUGGCCCGACAGACGUUGCCGUGCUGAGCCUCAGCUGUAGGCCCCAGCAUCACAUCAAUCUCCAGAUGGUCAUGAACCACAGGGAGGACCAACAAUUCGUUGAUGGCGAAUUGAAGGUGGCGCGCAAGAAGCUAUCCCUGCUAGGGACAUCCACUGAUGCGGAAUUUCGCACCAACAAGAAUUGGAAGGAUCUGGGAGGCAGUGCUGCGGCAGCUGCGUAUUUGCGCACGGUGGAUGAGGCUUCAAAGAUGUCUGUGCUUCAGAUCUCAAGUGCUUCGGGAAGAGCAGAAAGCAUCGCCAGUUGCAGCAAGGCAGAAGAGAACCAAGCCAAAGAGACAUGCUCCAAGCACUUGGGAGCAUAUGUUGACCAGAGGAACGCCGACAAUGCUGCAUUCUUCGAUGAUUGCGUGUUCGAUCUUUGCCAUGGAGCAGGAGAAUCUGCUGCGGAAAUUGCGGCAGAACUUCUUGCCUCCAACCAAGCUAUUCAAACCAUGACUAGCUGACAAUUUGCUACCUGUGAAUUGCGGCGUUAAAAAA